AUGGCUCGCACCCGGUGUAAGCCGCUCGAGAAGCCCCCAGCAACGGGAUCCAAAAAUGGUCUUGCUAACAAUAGCCGCCGUACAAUCACAGCUUGGUCCGCGUCCUUCGGAAGCCUCCUCUCGUCGAAAUCACCGACCGAGAAAGAGGGUGCAAAGAUAAGACGUGACACCUUUACCUCUAUAUCCGAAGCCCACAUCGCGAGUCCAUCUCGGGAAUCUCCACAACCACCGCCCUCAAGAAGUUCGAGGCCAGGCUCCAGGCCGAUGAGUAUCGUUCAGCCCUACCAACCGCCGCUUCUCGAAGUUGAGCGAGACACGUUACCCGAACUGCAGCCCGUGUUCACCUUCUUGAACAGUCAUUCCAAAAAGAUUUAUACCGAGGGGUAUUUUUUGAAGUUGAAUGAUCUGAAUCCAGGUACAUAGGCGUCUCGCUGUUUGUCGUUUUUGUGGAAUAAAUGGAGGAAACUUGUGUGCUGAUUCUUCCUGACCCUUGAUUAGAUGGUAAACCGAGCCAGGACAGGUCGUGGGUUGAGUGUUUUGCUCAACUUGUGGGAACUGUACUUUCGCUGUGGGACGCCGCUCAGCUCGACGCCGCAGGUCAUGAUGGCGAAGUUGUGCCGACAUACCUCAAUCUUACCGAUGCUUCAAUCAAGAUGGUAGCUAUUGAUUCCCUGAUCCCCCUGAUCCCUUUAGUCGUGGGCUGUUGCUGAUCCGGCCGUCUUCCGCCUAAUAGAUUGACACUUUGCCGACAAGGUUGCCGGAUGUGCCUCCCCUCACAAACGUCCUCAGUAUUUCUACGGCUGGUCGAAAUCGAUACCUCUUCCAUUUCAACUCACACCACUCCCUUACACAGUGGACGGCUGGGAUUAGGCUGUGCAUGUUUGAGCAUUCCUGCCUACAGGAAGCUUACACCGGAGCCUUGAUCGCGGGAAAGGGCAAGACAUUAAAUAGUAUUACUACGAUAAUGGAGAGGGCCAGGUUCAAGUAUGAGGAUUGGGCCCGGGUUCGGUUCGGAGCGGGGACCCCUUGGAGGAGAUGCUGGGCUGUUAUAACACCGCCGGAUGAGAAGGCCGUCAAGAAGCAAAAAGCGGCCCUGAAAAAGGCAAACAAGUCUACUUACAAUGUUGUUCCGUUUCUCAAAGGUGAUAUAAAGUUUUACGAGAACAAGAAGAGCAAGAAAUCACAACCAAUAGCAACGAUUACGGACGCUUUCUCGGCCUAUGCAAUUUACCCUCAGUCAAAACCGCUCAUUGAGCAGUCCACUUUGGUUAAGAUUGAGGGAAAAAUUACUAUAAAUUCUGAUCAUCCGACAACUAGUGAGGGGUUCGUCUUUGUAAUGCCCGAAUCCCACCCGGCUGUCAGUGGGUUCGAGAUAAUGCUCCGCUGGCUCUUUCCCACGUUCGACGUGUUUACCCUCUAUGGGCGCCCGGGGAGACUUAUUGCGGGUGUUGACGAUCCCAAGGGGCUGAUGUUUGCUAUGCCAAGGGAACGACAGUACGGAUAUUUGCAGGUGGAGGAUAUUGUGGGAUUGAUCGUGACCGAAGGUGGAUCAAUCGCUUCGGAAUCAGAGUGGAGACUGAAGUUGAAGGAGUUGACGGCGGCGAAGAUAAAGAGUGGAACGGCUCGUGCGAGACCAAGAACUAGUCUUCCGGCUGGACAGAGAUUCCCGGGUGUAACAUUCCAGGAUGACUCUUCAAGGUCGUUGUCUUCCUUGCCCGUACCUGCAUCGCAGAUUCCUCCCCAGCAUGUCCCUAUGGGUACUCCUCCCUUGUCGUCCCCAGUUUAUCACCAACGCUCUACCUCCGAAUCCACAGGUUAUUUGGAAUACCAGAGGCAGCAGCGGGAUGCCCCGUCUUUGGGCUCCAUGGCUGAGAGACAGGAAGCCUAUGGCCAAGCACUACCUACUGGGAGAAGUGAUUCCUCCUCCGAUGAUGGUUUAUUUCAGGGUGCUAUUGAUCCUGCUGCUCGUCGUCUUCAACAGCAGACCAGCCAGCCGUCGCCAGACCUAGUACCGGCGACCCCCGUAAUGAUGCAUCCCCCAAGCUCAAAACCCCCACACAUGUUACCACAAAUGAGGUCGCAAACGCCAUCACAUGGCCUACCGAUAGGAUUGGGCGUUCAUCAAGAUCAGGAUCUACCCAGACGGUCCAACGAGAGUAACUUGUUUGAUGGGAUGCCUCAAAGGAUUAACAAUACUACUGGAGCAAACCUCACUCCUCCACCACCGACAUUCCCUCCACCCUUGAUGUUGAAUGGAUCUGCUCCAACAUUGGAACAAAUAACCGAAAUGUAUCCUCCUCCCCCACCCCCACCCUCUCUUUUGCCCAGUCAGCAGUCCCAAAUCACAGCCCAGAGUUACCUUCCAUACCAAUCUCCAAUCGAGCCUCCCCCAGGAUUUGCUCCAGUGUAUUCACAGGUUUUGCUUGCUGGUCCACCACCAACCAAUGACAGAAAGGAAGCCUAUGAGGAAGGCUAUGCUAACAGGCCACCACCACCACCCGUUCAUCGACACCCGACCGAGCCUGUACAGUCCACAAAGGCUCCUCCUCUCAAUAGGGUUGAAAGCCUUAGAAUGGAGGGGGCUAAGCCUCCAAGAUUUUCGUGGCAAGACACAGAUGUGCCGACACCUGUUCAACUUACCAGUGGGCGUGAAGUCACGGCAGGUUCGGAUCCCCUGCCAUCGCCACCAAUCCCUGCAAAAGUUCCGUUCAGAAACAUUAAUCAUCCAGCAGUCCCAGGCAUCCGGACGGACGUCAGCAGGAAACCCGCACUGGAGAAUCUUUCCGCAGCUGCCGACGAUUCCCCCACUAGCGCAGAUAUAGCGAGUCUUGCGCAGCACAUGAUAAGUGACGAAGCUUUGAGUAAGAUUGGAACGGACCAUGGGGCGGGCGAAGAAGAUACCCUUGACCGAAAACGGGCCCAGCGCAUGCAGCGAAUGCUUACUGAUAGCGGAAGUGAAUAUGAAGAUGAUGACGAUGAACCGGAUUAUUCUAGUGUUCACACUACACGCGAGGAGCCACCAAAGCGUGACGCUGACAUGCCAAGGGCUGGAGUCAUGAAGGUAGUUGGGGGGGCAUCGGAGCCGGAGGUUGUGGUUGGAGAUGCCCGUUACCGCCCUAGCACCUCUGGCCAGGUUCGGGAUUCCCCCGAGAUACCAAGGGUUGACUUUGGAACGACAAUCAACCACGGCCGUACUCUCUCCGCCGAAUCUAGGGGUGUUAGCAGGGGGAAUGCGCAGAUUAUAGAUCAGGAUGAGCUAGGCCCCCAUUCACUCCAUGGGACCUUAAUAGGUGGUGAUCCUAGACGUCAGUCAAUGGGCCUUAGCGGAGACCUUUGGGGCCAGAAUCGUGCAUCUUCAAGAUCUUCGGGCGGUAGUGAUGAGAGGCGAGAGUCUUGGAAUCGGCCGUCCCCCGAUUCUGGGCACGAGAGGGCCGGGUCGCACGGAUCAGAGAGUGGAGAGUCGAAGCGCAAGAGCAUAGUAUGGCAGCCCGGAAUGGCUCAAAUUGGGAGUGGGCGAAGCCCAGGCGGGAAGGAGAGUGCAGAGCAAUAUGUUGCCGAAAAAGCAGCAGCCGCUGCCGCCCAACAACAGUCUAGAAGCAGAUAUGCCCAUCAGCGGAAAUCUUCGAGUACUUCACCAACAAGUGGCCGCAAUCCUUCUGCUGAACACCUUCCUCGACCUGCUUCUCGUGGCGGGGAGGCGGUAUUUGCUCAGAAUGGAUUGGUUCCUGGCACUGUGGAUAUAUCAAACCAUCUCUCUGCGCGAGAGCAGGAAUAUGUUGCAAAGCAAACGGGCUCAACAUUGUUAUAUCUUGAUAACGCGAAACACAAGCAGCCGCCUCACCGAGCGGGGCUUCUGGGGGCCAUCGAGGCUAGAGAACUAGAGAAGCGCAAAAUGAAGGAAUCGUGGAUGCAUGGUGGUAGUUCCAAUAGUGCUACUGUCCAGCAAGCCAUUGCUCAGAGGCAGCAGCAGAAACAGCAGCAACAACAGCAGUCUGGCCAGCGUUCACAAGCUACACCUUCUCCCAGAGGUAUGGGAAGCCAGAGUCCCGGAUUUACACAAUACGGUGGGGCGCCCCACUUCCCCCUCCAACAGCAACAACAGGCAGGAUAUGGAUACUCCCAGCAGUCGCAACAAUCACAACAGUAUCAACAACAACAGUAUUACGGUCGUCAACCGUACGGGCAACCACAAUAUGGUCAGCAGCAGCCUGGCCAAGGCGGAUUCGCAAGGUAGUUGGUAAUUGGGCUGUUAAUGGCUUUUUUGUUUCCUUUUCUCUUUAUUUUCCCUUCUCUUGUCGGGGUGUUUUCUUUUUUGUUUCCCUAAUAUCUUUUGGACUCUGAAGCUUUGCUACGAGCGAACAGCAUUAUUUGCCAGGCUCUUUUCACUCUUUUUGCAAUCGUGUGAUAAAAAGGGAGUUAUGGAGGAGGGGGAUCGAAGGAGGGAUGGGGGAACAACGGAAAAAAAAGCUUGCUCCUAUUUUUCUUUUUUUAUUAUUCGCUCUCGUUUCGUUUCUUGUCUCAUUGGUAGCAUAUCUGGGCUCUCUUUUACUUUCUACUUUCUGCUUUCCCUUUCUCUUCUCGUCCAUUCUAUAACCAAAACUUGCCUCAUAUUUUCUUAUCUCUGUCUUGUCUAUCUAUGCAUCUUGAUGGGUGGGGGGGGAGAAAUAAAUUUUUUUCAAGACCUUGUAGGAACCAUGAUAUGUGGCUUAUGCUGAAUAGGUCAAACCUUUUUUGUAGUCUUUCUCUAGCCAGUGUUUUUCCAGAUUGAAGUCGUUCUUUGUAAUGUUUGGUUUUCUUUUUCUUUUUCGGGAAUUCUCUUUGGGGGCGGGGGGUUUUUUUUUCGGUCUUCUUCUUUUUCGUUGGGGCUUUACGGCUUGCGGAUGCGGUUUACUGUGGCGGCGGCAGUGGGGUGGGUUUUAGUACCGGUAGUGUAAUUGUGGAGGAUGGUUUACAAGUAUUGGGUGGGCGAAUCGGGGGGUGAGUGAGAAAGGUCGGCCGCCGUCGGGCGUGGGGGAAUGAAAAAUGUUGGGCGUUUGGGAAUGAUGUUAUUGUUAAACUUUGCUACGUUUCCUUUGCAUUUCAUCUGAAUACGCUCAUUUCUGUCUGUUGCUGGUUCGGCUCUCGGUUGCGAAUUGCAUUAGAUUAGGAAUACAAGUUAUUAUUUUAUACAUAUUUCUAUUUCUGUUCUCCAGCCAUCAGCGUGGUUUGUGAGCGUUGCGGGAAAAAUAGACACAGAUCGUAUAUGCCGCAGGGUAGGUGUUUGAGUGCGACUGGGACAUGUGGAGUACCGUACUGCACGGUAAGGCCAAAGCGUAGGGGCGGUAAUAGGAUUGAUCGCCAAUCAUCCGGGUCUUUUAAAGGACACGGUGUGGCUUGUAAGUGAUGAUAUUUUUAGCUUCCCAGGGAGGAGGGUGAGUUUCUGGUGUUAGUGAGGGCGGUAUGGCCCACCUCAGCGAGGCUUGCCUGGCCCACCGGGUUGGGGGACCUGAAACCUUGACUGCUACCGUGGCGCACUGUUCCGGCGCACCGUGCUUCGAUAUCCGAAUCCUUUUGUGUCUUGCUAUUUCCACCACCCAUCGAGUUGGAAAGCCGUUGUAAUGAUCCGAAAAUUGCGUUGGCGCAACAGCGGGCCAUGAAUCGUGCCGAGUGCUACGAUACCUUAGCGUCAUCGAUCAGGUAUCGAGACCAGAGCGGGAAGUUCGCCGUGCGAGCCACGUGGACACGCAAUGCGUCUCGCAUUCUAUCAAACCUUCCACCUACGCAAAUCCAGUGGAGCCGCAUAUAUAGCACAUGUGGUAUAGCACUAGUAGCGAGACAAAACAGAUCUCGGAAGUUUCUAAUCCCAAACUUAAGUCAGCCCUCGGUUUCCCCAUAAUGCAAGUGUUUCAAGAACACAGAGGAGCAUGAAUAAUUGAAGAAGGGGAUAAACAUCAGAACCCAAUGGCCUAAGCACAGUCCUCAGCACCGCCAUCCUUUCCCCGCAAAUGGGGUACUCGAGAGCGUUAUUCUGUGAAGAGGACUCAUACGGCUCUUCCUAUUUUUGCUUGGGAGUAUAAAACUGCUCAUCAUGUAGUUGCUUUUCCUUUUUUUUUUUUUUAUCGGGUGGGAUGGCAUUGGAUGUGGGCAGGAGGGGUGUUUGGAGAUGGGGGUGGAAUGGUAACUUACAGGUGGGCGAGGGAUGUAGUUGUGGUAAUUGGAUCAUAGUUGUGGUGAUGAGGGAAAGGUGUCCUGGAGGUGGGCUCAGGUAUGAUGGAUGAAAGUGGGGAGGAUGGAGUGGCUGGUGAGAAAGAAAAAAGAAAGUUUAGCACUGAUAGUCGUGGAGCCCGGGUUAGGGUUCUGGGGGCUGGGACUUGGCGCUUGGCAGUCAACCUUUAAGUUAAAUUGUGUUAUGAUUGGCUGUGCCUUUUGGCUACUCGAGUAUUUGUACCGUACGGUAGCUGGUCUAGCUAAUAAAUGUUUCUUGGGGUAUUAUACUAUUUGGUGCGAGCGCUUCUCGCGUAGGGUUAGGUGGGCCACUACAAUAUUCUACUGUAGUGGGCCUUUCUUUGCUUAUCAUGCUUUCGCCAACUGAGCACGUAUCGUAGCUCGGACCUACCGCGAUUCUUCGAGAUUGGGUGAGCAUGCGAAGUUCCUGGGUCAACUAUUGGGAGAUAUGGUCUUGUUUAUGGGCGGCUUAGAUUGUCACCUCAAACCGUGAUCCUUUUGCCUCCAUCCCUCUAAUCACAAGCCUAGUCUACUUAACGAGUAUCAUACGAUACUAUGCUAGGUUGCUUGAUGGACUUGGCGGAAGGGAGCUGUCUCAAAAAGUCCAGGUUUUAUAUUCUGGCGGUGGUCCCGAAAAACUUUAGCAAGACGAGACAACAUGUUACAGGGAAAGGAGGUUUCAGCGUCCUAAGAUACAAGCCUCUUGUUAUUCAUGCCAGUAUGAUACCGUUCGCUCAUGAACUCUACAAGGAAGCAAGAGGCUCCUGAUAUCCCGACUGUGGGCUGAGGAGCAGAUAUUCCCCCACUAGGGAAGGGGUAUUGUGCUGUAAAUAGAGGUUUGGAUAAUUGCAAUUAGAUUUUUUUGCUAGGGGACAGCUUCCGGCUUGAGCGUAACAAAGCCUUAAGGUAUCAGACUAGGAGAUGGAUCAAAGGGGGGAGGGAGGCGAAUCAAGUAAAGUGAAACGCACCAAGAAGGAGGAGAUCUCGGGGGCCUCAAUUGGUGCCCGGCGGUUGGAAGGGCAGAUCCAGAGGUGUAGGAAGUGUUCCUAGUGACACGGUAUGUUAGGGUUGGCCUUUUUGGGCCGAAUUCGGGUGGUUUUGUCUGGUGUUCUAUGGUGGGGACGCGUUAGUUGGACUUGGUUUUUCGAGUCGCUGUUUGGCUGCAGCGCAACUCCCGUUUGUUAGAUCUGCGAUUGUGUCCCUUGUCUUUCCAGAGGAGUACGCAUAGCUUAGAUCUUAACCAGGGAGAGGUCAUAGGAAGUUCGGUUUCUGGUGAUGAGGGACUAUGGCCUCUCUUAUUAUCUGUUGUUCGCGUGUAUCUAACUUUCAAGUGAGGUUAAUUGAGACACAAGGUCUUGCAAUUCCAAUCUCUGGCUGAUUCAGUCCUGAAAGUGCAAGACAAUUCAGUGUCUUUCAAAAUACCUAGCUGAUAGCUAAUUUA